CAGAGGGCGGCUGCGUUGUGGAUAUUGCUUCAUAAGCCUCUCGAAAUCGCCGUGCGUUUGCAGUGCUGAGGUAGUGCUCUGUAGAUUUGAUCGGGCGACUUGAGUAGUCGGACUUUCACUCAACAUGCCGGUCAUCAAGCUGCAGAGCUCCGAUGGGGAAGUCUUCGAAAUCGACGUCGAAAUAGCAAAGGCGUCAGUCACAAUCAAGACUAUGCUUGAAGACCUGGGCAUGGAUGACGACGAAGACGAGGUGGUCCCCUUGCCAAAUGUCAACUCUGCCAUCCUGAAGAAAGUCAUCCACUGGGCCACAUACCACAAGGAUGACCCACCCCCACCAGAGGAUGACGAGAACAAGGAAAAGCGCACGGAUGACAUUUCAUCCUGGGAUGCAGACUUCCUCAAGGUGGACCAGGGCACCCUGUUCGAACUUAUCUUGGCUGCAAACUACUUGGACAUUAAGGGCCUGCUUGAUGUCACCUGCAAGACUGUUGCCAACAUGAUCAAGGGCAAAACGCCAGAGGAGAUUCGUAAACAGUUCAACAUCAAGAACGACUUCACUCCCAGCGAGGAAGAGCAGGGGACGACACUAAAUGACGGGACAGAAGAGGAGCAUACACACACAACACUACUCGGUUCGCAAGGAGAACGAGUGGUGUGAAGAGAAGUGAGACCUUCUGUGUUAGUGGUAGCCGAGCAGGCUUUGUUUACAAAUCUGGCACUGUAGCUUCCCCUUGUCCACCCAUGCCUUCAAGUUCAGUUCAGUGUUCUCGCCACAUUUUUUUCUUUUGCGAUGGACUGUGCAAUUACUGAACAGGUCUUGAGGAAAAAAAAAUGUUAAAUUUUGGGUUUCAAGGCAACUUGUGUACAGCUCUUUUCUGAAGGUUGUUUUGUGUGGUUUUUAUUCAUUAAAGUGAAGAUGGUCAACCAAGCAUUACUCCAUAGAUGACUGAUAGUUCCCUUUUUGUCAGUCACCUCGCAGCUAGCAGCCCUCAACUACGAUGCUACCUCCCUAGCUGCUGAAUGCCAGUGUAGCAGUGUAUGCAGCCUGCUUUUUCUGUGAUGUGACAAUGUUCUAUGGGGUCUAUCUUGCUUGUAUGCUCACGUUUUUGAGUGUUCUGUGAACGCUGGAAUAAAAUAUAUUCGCUCCGUA